UCUUCUACGCUCUCUCUCCUCUCUCUCUCUCUCUCUUAACUAUUCAGUUUCAAUUUCAAAUUUCAUAAACCAUUCUCUCUCUCUUCUUUAUCUCAGUUAUGGAGACGUCGUCGGCGAUCUCGAUCGGUUCUUGUUUGAAAGAGCAUCAGAAGAUCUACAAGGAAUGGUUCAACAUCGCCGAUUCAGAUGGAGACGGUCGUGUUUCUGGUAACGAUGCUACGAAGUUCUUCGCGAUGUCAAAGCUUUCUCGCCAGGAACUCAAACAGGUUUGGGCUGUUGCGGACUCGAAGCGACAGGGAUUUCUGGGUUUGGCGGAGUUCAUCAUUGCGAUGAAGCUCGUCUCAUUGGCACAGGAAGGACAUGAAAUUACUUCAGAUCUUCUCAAAGGCUCAAUUGACAUGAAGAGUGUGGAGUUUCCAGUGUUGGAAGGACUGGAAAACGUUGUAUCUAAGCAGAAAGCGUCAAAAACAAAUGUGGAUGUUGAAGACAAUGUUGUUACUCAGCCACAAGUCACGGCAAAAGCUCCCUGGUACAAAUCAAAAUCUAUUAUUAAGCCACAAGUUAAUGUGGUGACAAUUGUCGAUGGCUUGAAAAGAUUGUACACUGAAAAGCUAAAGCCUUUGGAAGUCACAUAUCGUUUCAAUGAUUUUGCAUCCCCUGUACUAACUAAUAGCGAUUUUGAUGCUAAACCAAUGGUAAUGCUUUUGGGUCAAUACUCCACUGGAAAGACAACAUUUAUAAAACACUUGCUUGGAUGUGACUACCCCGGAGCUCACAUUGGUCCAGAGCCAACAACAGAUCGGUUUGUGGUUGCAAUGAGUGGACCAGAUGAACGAACCAUACCUGGAAAUACCAUGGCUGUUCAAGCUGACAUGCCAUUUAACGGGCUAACAAGUUUUGGAGGUGCUUUCCUCUCAAAGUUUGAGUGUUCACAAAUGCCGCAUCCCGUCUUGGACCAAAUUACUCUUGUAGACACUCCUGGAGUUCUUUCUGGAGAGAAACAAAGGAUGCAAAGGAGCUAUGACUUCACUGGUGUGAUCUCAUGGUUUGCAUCUAAAUGUGAUAUGAUUCUCCUUCUCUUUGAUCCCCACAAGCUUGACAUCAGUGAUGAAUUCAAACGGGUGAUAACAUCUCUGCGUGGUAACGAAGACAAGAUCCGUGUUGUCUUAAACAAAGCUGACCAAGUUGAUACUCAACAACUAAUGAGAGUGUAUGGAGCAUUGAUGUGGUCGCUUGGUAAAGUCUUGAAUACACCAGAGGUCGUACGUGUCUAUAUUGGGUCCUUCAAUGACAAACCCAUAAACGAAGCUGCAGUUGGACCAAUUGGAAAAGAACUCUUUGAGAAAGAGCAAAAUGAUCUUCUAGCAGACUUAAUGGACAUACCUAAGAAAGCAUGUGACAGAAAGAUUAACGAGUUUGUGAAGCGAGCUCGAGCUGCGAAGAUCAAUGCAUACAUUAUGAGCCAUCUUAAGAAGGAAAUGCCAGCAAUGAUGGGCAAAUCCAAAGCUCAGCAACGUCUUAUGGACAAUCUCCAAGAAGAAUUUGGAAAGGUACAGAGAGAGUUUCAUCUUCCGGCUGGAGAUUUUCCAAGUGUGGAGCAUUUUAGAGAGGUAUUGGGAGGCUAUAACAUUGACAAAUUCGAGAAGCUGAAGCCUAAGAUGAUUCAAGCAGUGGAUGAUAUGCUGGGAUACGAUAUUCCAGAUCUAUUGAAGAAAUUCAGAAAUCCUUAUGAUUAAAACAAUAAUGCUUGUACUUAGAAGAAAAAAAAACAUUUUAUAAUCAAGCUUCAGAGUUUAUCACAAUCAGUAGAACAUGUUAAAUAUUUGGAGAUUAUGUUUUGUGCUCUUCUGAAUUAGUAAUCAAUCUCUGGUAUUGUUGUUCUAA